AUGUGGUGGUUUUCUUUCUUCUUCUUUGCUGCAACACUUCUGCUCGAGCCCACAUUGUCGGCAGUUUGUCCUGAUAGCUGCGUUUGCAGCACCACUAGGGAUGGCUUACACCGAGUCACAUGUAGCAAUCUCGGUGACCUUUACAAGUACACGCUUCGUCAAAAACAUCACAAUAUAAAUAUUCUAGAUCUGUCUCAUAACAAUAUUAGUAAAAUUACUCACGAAUUGGACCGACUCACCGAGGUAGUAACUCUUGAUCUAUCAACAAAUGGAUUGACAGAAGUAAGCAAAUUUUUGCACAAUGCAAAAAAGUUAGUCCAUCUUAAUCUUGCUCACAAUAGAAUACAAAGACUCUCCUUGUCACAUCUACCUACAAGUGUUAGUUCCUUAGACUUAACUAACAAUCUGUUAAAAGAUGUGCCUUCUGAGCUUGGACAUUUACCUAGUUUGGAACAUUUAGAACUAGAAGGUAAUCCACUGGAUUGUUCUUGUGCCAACAUUCUUGCACGUAAUCAAUUAUUAGCUGCAAGCACUUAUAUCGAUGCUGUAAAAUGUGAAAGUCCUAUAAACUUAAGAGGUCGAUCUUGGCUUGAACUGAAAACAAAAGAAGUGUGUAAAGUUAUAAAACCAGAUUAUUUAGAUAUGAUGAUGGGCGAUCAACCUCUAGAUGCCUUAAAAGUUGGUGAAGAAACCACUGCCUUAAAAGCAAAUCAACCUUUUGCUGCUAGAAGUGAUCUGGAUGAAGGAAAAAUCAUUCAAGGUGCUGAAUUAAUGGAAGAUGAUGAUAGUUUACAAUUUAUGAAAGUAGGCCGAAUUACGUCUCCCUCACCUUUAAGUGAAAUAGAAGGGUCGGGUGAAGCUGAAAGUACUACUAUCAGCGAUUUUAUGGAACCAAUGCAAGAGCGUAAAAUGCAUGAAAAUCUAAUGAAAAAUGAGGAAAUUAUUCCUGCGGAUAAUAUUCAUACUACAGAGGCACCCACGGAAGGUUCUGGUGAAGGUUCAGGGUACUUUUUCCUCGACGAUUACGAAGAUACGACCGAACAAAUGAUUGAAACCACUACUCCCAUAAUUGAAGAAUUAAGCCCAGAUCCAAUUCACAGGAUAUUUAACGACGACUUAGACACAAAUGUUUCAGAAUUUCCUGUACCAGAGCCACCAAACGUAUAUGCGGGAGGUCCUGAUUGGCAUAUCAAAACUGAUCCUGAAAUUGUUACAAAAAAAGCUGUACCCCUAGAAGUAACAAGAGACACAACAGUUUCAGAACAAAUAAGGGUUACUCAAGCUUCUGAAGUCCUAGGCCCUGCUAGCGUCGGUGAAGAAAAUGAGGUUACACAUAAAACAGGAACGUAUGUUUGUAUUGCUUUAAUAAUUGUUUUACUAGUUGGAUUAAUUGGGUUUGCAAUAGCUAAAGGCCAAAUGCGGAAGCGAAGGGACCGAAGAUUAUUAAGACAACAAAAACGAGAUGUGGAAAAGGCAUCGAAAGAAAUGGUCGAUAUGAACAAAUCCUUAUUGGGUAAACCUGCUCCUGUAGAAAAUCCUAUAGACAAAAAAGUUAAUGGAAAAUAUGAGCUUGUACCGACACAUGAAAGUUAUCAAAAAAAGAAUGAGAAUGGUGAUGUGGCAAAUGGAAUUAAACAUGACGAAAAUCAAGAUAUUCGAACUGAUAGUCCUCGGGAUACAAAUCAAAAUAAAAGUAGUUCUAUAGACAAUAAUUUGUCAAAUCAAAAUGAUAUACCACAACAAGAAACAUCAUUUGAAUCUAACAACUCAAGGAAAGAUACAAAUUCUUUGUCUAGUGAAGAUAUAUUUGUUCCUAUAAAUGAUGAUGACAAUCCAAGAUUGAAUGGCAAUUUGGAUCUGUCUCAGCCUCUCAUAAAUGGAGAUCCGGUUGCAGAUUCAGAUUAUUUAUCACCAUCUCGUGAGUAUGUCCCUGUAUACUCACCUGAUAUGGGAAGAGUUCGGAUUAAAAUGACAGAAGUUCCAAAACCAAAAACACCCGUUCUCGUCACACGAAGUAGGUCAAACGCUGGAGACAUAAUUAUAACACCAUCAUUGAGCGGAAAUGCAACUCAAACGACUACUUGA